GCUUCUCCGCCUCUGCGGCCGCCGCUGCAGCCACUGCCUCAGCCGCCGCCGCCGACACCGCCGCCUCCACCUCUGCCUCCGCCUCCUCCCCCGCUCCGUCCGCGACCCCAGCCAGGGCCCCAGCCCCAGCCCCGGCCUCGCCCGCGACCCGGCCAACCUCCUCCCCGGCCCCGGCCCGGGCCCCGGCGGCCCAGCCGCGGGUACCAUGCUGCCCAGCUCCAUCCAGAUUUCCGGAGAGCCGCUGUCAGGCGCCGAGGUGCGGGACAUCUGCCGCGGCCUGCGCGACAACGCCGUGCGCCUGCUCUCCCUGCGCGGCUGCCGCCUCUGCGACCGCGACUUCGGCCGCAUCUGCCGGGCCCUGGCCGGGGCCACGUCCCUCGCUCAGCUCAAUCUUAACCUAGGCGUCGUGUCCAGCCCCAGCCGCAUCAAGCAGCUGGCGGAGGCGCUGCGAACCAACCGCUCCAUCCAGUCCCUCUUCCUGCAUGGGAGCCCUCUGACAGAUGCUGGGCUGGCCUUGCUGAACCCAGCCCUGGCCCUCCACCCUGCCCUCGUGGCUCUCGACCUCGGGGACUGUAUGCUGGGUGAUGAAGCUAUCAACCUCAUCUGUGGCCUCCUCCCCCCAGAUGGGGCCAAGUCGGGCUUGAAAGAGCUAACGCUGAGCGCCAACCCUGGCAUCACCCCUAAGGGCUGGAGCCGCCUCGCCAUUGCUGUGGCCCACAGCUCCCAAGUCCGCGUCCUCAAUCUGGACUACAACCCCCUGGGUGACCAUGUGGCAGGGAUGCUAGCUGUAGCUGUAGCCUCCAGCCGCACCCUAGAAGUCCUAGAUUUGGAGGGUACAGGGCUUACGAACCAGUCAGCUCAGACUCUGCUGGACAUGGUAGAAAAUUAUCCCACAGCUCUGCGGAGCCUAGUGUUGGCUGAGAACAGCAUCAGCCCAGAGCUGCAGCAGCAAAUCUGCGACCUACUCUCUGAGGGGGAAGAGGAAGAGGAGGUGGCAGGAGGGACUGGUGACACCCAGGAAUGGGAGAGAGGACGGGAGCCUGCUGCCCACCAGAGGGGCAACAGCUCCUGGAUGUGCCCCAGCGAUCCCAGUUCUCAGAUGGUGCUAAUGACAUCAGGACUAGGGGACAGUCUGUUGGCUGAAACCGAGAUGUGACUCUCCAUUUGGGCUUCUGCACAUCAUUACACUUGUCUAUGUCCUCAGCACCUUCCUCCAGAUGUCAGGGCUUGGGAGGUUGGGGAAAGGGGUUGCUUGGGGCUCUGGCAGCUCCUGGCACUAGUGGGAGGCUCUGGAAGCUGUGACUAGGCAAUGGCUAUGGGGUGGGGGUGGGGGUGCUGAACCCAGGGCAAGGCCUCUGGACCUGUUGGCAGUUCUUGACUGCAACCCGCUGGCUCGGAAGAGAUUUUACAAACUCCCCAACCUGGUGUGUGGCAGUGGUCACUGGGGACCCAGAAAUGGGAGGAACUCAAACUACCACUAGGCACCAUUAGGGGGCAGUAUCACCCCACCGCCCAAGCACCAGGCAGCACACUCUCCCAAUAAGCCUAGCCCAGGUCUAGGACCUGGGAUUCUGGGUGACACAUCACAAGCUCCAUGAAGAUUCUAAAAAAAGAAGAGAAUAGGUCCAAAGCAGGGCUGGACUGAACCCUACUUAUUGAGGGGAGAUCCAGGGGCUCUAAGGUUGUGGGUGCCCCUUCUGCUGCUUGCUGCUCUGUGCCCAGGGACACCAUAGGCAGAAUGUGUUAAGGGGAGUCACUGGCAAAGACUAGGGAAAAAACUAGGUCUGAAAAUAUGAAAAUACUCAAGAAUGGGGAGAAGAAUGGGAGAGGAAAGGUCAUUAAGGAAAAUAAGGCCAUACCAGUAA